GCUUUCUUUUAUUCAUUUUCUGAACUGUUUUCUAUUAUGACAAAUAAAAUUUCUUGAAAUUAUGUUAAGUCAAUUAUAUCACUCCUGUUUUAAUUCAAAUUUUGCCUGUUUCUUAUGGCAUGUUCUUUUGGUGGUUUAGGUUUGGGUAUGAUUAUCCUGGUGGAUUUGACCGUGACAUGGUGGGCAGGCCUGGCUAUGCUGAUGAAAGGUCUCAUGGCCGGUACUUUGGCCGUGGAUAUCAAGACUGGGAUUCAGGCCGUGGUGGAUAUGGUGAUGGUUCCAACACUGGCAGCAAUCAAAGAGAAGGCUUGAUGUCAUACAAGCAAUUCAUUCAGGAGCUUGAAGAUGAUAUACUGCCUGCUGAAGCUGAGAGAAGAUAUCAAGAAUACAAGUCAGAGUACAUUUCAACCCAAAAACGAGCCUUCUUUGAGGCUCAUAAAGAGGCAGAUUGGUUGAAAGAUAAAUACCACCCAACAAACUUGGUUUCAGUCAUAGAAAGGAGGAAUGAGCAUGCACGAAAGGUUGCAAAGGAAUUCUUGCUUGAUCUUCAAAAUGGAUCAUUGGACUUGGGUCCUGGGGUCAAUGCCUUGCCCUCUACUAAGUCAGGACAGACUAGUGAUCCUAAUUCUGAGGAUGACACAGAAGUUGGGGGCAAAAGAAGAAGGCAUGGUAGGGGGCCUGCUAAAGAAACUGAUAUUCUUUCAGUUGCUCCUAAGGCUCACCCAGUCAGUUCUGAACCAAGAAGGAUACAAAUUGAUGUUGAACAAGCACAGGCGCUUGUACUCAAAUUGGACUCUGAAAAAGGGAUUGAGGAAAAUAUCUUAUCGAGCUCUAACAAUGACAAGAUGAGUAGAGAUAAAUCUUACGGUGGGUCAACUGGCCCAGUGAUUAUUGUACGAGGUUUAAACUCUGUGAAAGGCCUGGAGGGUGUAGAGCUUCUGGAUACUCUUAUAACCUAUCUUUGGCGUGUCCAUGGCUUGGAUUAUUAUGGAAUGAUUGAAACAGCUGAAGCUAAGGGUUUUAGGCAUGUGCGAGCAGAGGGGAAAGGUUCUGACACAACUAAUAAUGGAGCUGAAUGGGAAAAGAAACUUGACUCUCGAUGGCAAGAGAGGCUGAGUGGCCAAGAUCCUUUGGAAAUAAUGACUGCUAAGGAGAAAAUAGAUGCAACGGCUGUUGAAGCUUUGGAUCCGUAUGUCCGCAAGAUAAGAGAUGAAAAGUAUGGGUGGAAGUAUGGGUGUGGUGCUAAAGGUUGCACGAAGCUCUUUCAUGCUGCUGAGUUUGUGCACAAGCAUCUCAAACUCAAACACCCAGAGCUUGUCAUGGAACUAACCUCUAAAGUGCGUGAAGAGCUCUAUUUUCAGAACUACAUGAAUGACCCAGAUGCACCUGGUGGGACACCUGUCAUGCAGCAACCAUUGCAGAGGGACAAGCCCUUGAGACGUAGAUUAGGUCCAGAAAAUCGCUUGAAAGAUGAACGUGGCAAUCGCAGAGAACGUGAUGGUCGAGUUAAUGGCAGUGAUAGAUAUGAUAGGUCUGACAACCCACAGUCAAGUGAUUUUCCAUCCAACAGUGAUGUUCCUGAUGGAACAAAUCGUGAUGAUCCAAUGUUUGAUGCUUUUGGUGGACAAGGGAUGCGUGUUGGGGCCCCAUUUUCAUCAGAUAUACCUCCUCCAGUAUUGAUGCCUGUUCCUGGUGCUGGUCCAUUGGGGCCAUUUGUUCCAGCUCCUCCAGAAGUUGCUAUGCAGAUGUUCAGAGAGCGUGGUGGUCCUUUUGAAAGUGGUAGUAGAAGCGGAAGGCCUGGUCCCAAUUUAAGUGGGCCAGCACCCUUUAUUUUGCCGCCCGGCUUUCGACAGGAUCCUCGUCGUUUACGAAGUUAUCAAGACCUAGAUGCACCAGAAGAUGAAGUCACUGUUAUCGACUACAGAAGUUUGUAGGCGUUAGAAGUUGAUUAUGAUAGCACUCAAGAUGCUUUUUCUAUGGAGGGAGUGGCAACUCUUUUACAGGUUCAUGGUUAAUGCUGUUGUUUUUGGUAAUUGAACAACAAAAGCAACUACCUUGUGCUAUUCCGUUGAGAGGCGAAAUGCUUCCUGGGUGCUCAUUAGCUGUGCCUCUUUCUACAGUAACUCUUUCUUCUGUGAUGUUGCUGCCAAGUGCGACGUGCUGGAAAACUCUUUUAUAUUAUUUCUGUUGUCCCUCGACUGACUUCAAAGGCAGAUGUUUAUGAAAAUGGGGUGGGAUAUAGGAUGGUUAGCAAAUUAAGCGGUAUUUGACUUAAAAAUGGAUUAGGUUUCGGAUUGCCUCAUUUGUUUUCUAUCUUCAUAGUGUUAAAAAGUUGAGCAUUUUGUACUUUCAAUAAGAUGAAUUGAGACCUUUUUAGAUCCUCUUUCACGGUAUUGGCUCUGGAAUUGGGCUGCGGAAUAGAUUAUUGUGUGUUUA